AUGUCGUCGGCAACCAUUACGUUGGUGGUUCAGCCACGAGGAAAGCCAAUCAAGGGCCUUCCCAGUGAGCUCGAAAUCGCCUCCAAUGUCUCGACAGCCGGGAUCUACGACUCGCUCGCGCAAACCUCAGGCUUCUCUAUCCAUCGCCUGAGGAUCACCAAGGGAAGCGACCGCAGUGUUGUGCCCAACUCGCGCAACACGAUCGUCAAUGACUUGGGAUUGAAGGACAAGAGUGUCAUUCAUGUCAAGGAUCUUGGCCCCCAGAUCAGCUGGCGCACCGUGUUCAUCAUCGAAUACCUCGGACCUCUGCUCAUCCCGAUCCUCUUCCUUUACCCUCUGCGACCCUUCAUCUACUACAACUUCGAUCAGCUGCCCGAACGAUCCAGCCUGCAGCUCUUCGUCUGCGAGCUCCUGACGGUCCAUUUCCUGAAGCGCGAAUUCGAAACCGUCUACGUCCACCGCUUCAGCAAUGCCACCAUGCCGGCGCGCAACAUCGUCAAGAACAGCGCUCACUACUGGAUCUUGGCCGGCUUUAACAUCGCCUACUGGGUCUUCCGUCCCGACGCCGCCUCCAUGACGAGCCACCCCAACCCGGCUCUCUUCUACCCGGGGCUUGCGCUUUUCGUCUUCGGUGAACUGGCCAACUUCAACGCGCACCUGAUUCUGCGUGAUCUCCGCCGUCCCGGUAGCACCGAGCGCGGUAUUCCCGUCGGCAUGGGAUUCGGUCUCGUGACUUGCCCUAACUACCUGUUCGAAGUGAUGGCUUGGGUGGGUGUUUACCUGGUCAGCGGAUUGAGUUGGAGUGUGCUGUUCUUCAUCCUGGUUGGCGGCGCGCAGAUGGUCAGCUGGGCCAAGAAGAAGGAACGUCGCUACCGCAAGGAGUUCGGUGACAAGUAUAAGAACAAGAAGUUUGUCAUGCUUCCCGGCCUGAUUUAA